GACCUUGGGCAUACACAUCAAGUGGGAUUCGAUGAUUCCUUCGUCUUUUUCUUACACAGUUCAUAGCAGCUCUGAGAAAGCUACUUUCCUAUAUUGAAACCUGAAAAGAUUCAUGAUAUGGAAACAUCAUUCUUCCCCAGUUCCUUCUUGUGUGAUAGAAAGCUAAACAAGCAGCAGCCAAUGAGGAGUACCACUACGGUGGUAGGUACCAACUGGAAAAAAUCACUUUACGAAGUGGAAGGAGGAAACGAAAAGAGGUGCAGACAGGGCUAUUGUGCAGUCCGAAGCAGCAGAAAUGGCUGCAAGAGCGAUGGCCAGCCUAGUCAUCGACGGAUGUUGUUCAGAUCUCAGGAUGCAAUCCAUUUCCAUACCACUAUGGCACAUACAUACAAACGCAUUGAACGCACAGCUACCCCUCCGCCUUUCUUAGUCUUUCUCAACGCCUUAUACCUUUCCAUACCUUUCCCCGUAUCCGUAAUGACAACAUCAGAAAUCGAGAUUCAACCAAAGGACAACUCUUCGGCGUCAACCCGCAUGGAUGAUCUCAGCUACGAUGACUGGGCGGACCUUAUCUAUGAUAAAUGGGAGGACCUUCACACUGCCGACGCUUCGCAGCUGGGUCCAUUGUUCACGCCAGAAGAGUCUAAGGAAAUCGACGCCCUGCUCAAAGUCUGGAUAUACCCAGUCUAUGGUCAGCAGGCGGACUUCGGCGCUGCUGACGCCUCGUACCAAGGGCAAAGACCAGUCGAGUCGCCCAUAUUGUCGGCACAUAUGCCUCUUCACAGCGAAGGCGUGUUUCCCCCUAAACUCUUCCUUCAAGCGCCUUUGUACUAUGGGAAUUCGGCGCAGAGCUCCAAUGUCACUGGACUCAAUUGGGGACUGUUCUUCAAGUGGGUGGGCGCCUAUCGAAACAUCUCGCCAUCGGAGUCGUCUUCUCUACCGGUGUUUUACUUUCCCCAGUCAAGCUUAGAAUCUGCCUCCCCACCACCGCCUCCGCGUAUACAUCUUGCAUCGAGCGAAGAUACUGCAAUUGAAGGACAGGCUUCUCACAUUCCAACCUACAUCAUCGGUAUCGGCGGCAGCCCUUCGAGCGGCAAGUCAACACUAGCCUUGCACCUUAGCUACGUGUUCAAAAAGCUUGGGCAGAACAGCAGAGUCUUUACAAUUUCGCAAGACGCCUAUGUCCUCCCUUCUGCAGAUUGUCCACAAAUAACUCUGCGGAGUGGAAAGCGUGUUGUUCACACAAACUGCUUAUUCUCAGUUGACUGGGAAGACAUGAUCAAAGAUGUCACUAAGUUGAAAGCAGGCAACUAUAGUUCCCAGUCAGAUCAAAUAAGGGAGACAUGUGCCACUGCAAAGGGUCGCCAUAUUCGCGUGCCGCAUCUGAGAGCGGGGGAUGUCACUGACCUUGUUCGUCAAAGGGAGGCCACUCUCUCCACUGCGGCCAAAUCAGGUCGUCAGAGCUUCUGGCUAGCUCAAUUUUGCUACAAGACACUCACAGACUGCCCGGACAAUUUAGAGAAUUCGACAUCCUUGCCGUCACAGCUGAUACUGAUCGAAGGCCCCCUCGUGAACGCUGUUUGCCCCACAGCCUUGCCGCCUCAACAGUCGGGAUUUGGAAUGUUCGGCAGCGAUGCACAACAGAAAGCCUAGGAAGCUUUACGAAAUAUGAUUGACCUCAACUUGUGUCCCAACGUUUCAGAACGAACUGCAAGAACG